AGGUACUAAAUAUCAAUCAAUCAUGGGCUUCGGAACUGCAUUUACUGACUCUUCUGCAAUUAAUGUGUUUUCCCUUUCAUCAGAUGCUCAACAAAACCUCAUGAGGUCUUAUUUCACAUCCACUGGUAUCAACUUGAAUCUGGGAAGAGUGCCAAUAGGUGGAUGUGACUUUUCUGUACGUGGUUACACAUAUGAUGAUCAUGAAAACGAUACACAGCUUACAAAAUUUAAUUUGACAUGGGAGGACUACAAUCUUAAGAUGCCUUUGAUUAAAUGGGCCCGGAAUCUGACGAACCAAAACUUGAAAUUGAAAGCAGCAGCAUGGAGUCCUCCCAUAUGGAUGAAAACAAAUUAUGAGUUCACAGGUUCUUCUCUUCUUCUGGACCAAUAUUACCAGACAUGGGCUGAUUACCAUAUAAAAUUCCUUGAUGCCUACAAAGAAAAUGGUCUUGAGUUUUGGGCAGUUUCGACAGGAAAUGAACCAGCAACUGGAAUAAUUAAUAUACCAGGGAUUAAUUCACUUGGAUGGACACCACAAAGGCAAAGAAAGUGGAUUGUUGAAAAUUUGUUUCCUUCACUCCAUGCUUCCCAACACAGCAAUGUUAAGCUUCUUUUACUUGAUGAUCAACGUCUCUUUGUGCCUUUUGUGUUAGAUGAGCUUAUGCAAGAUGAAAGUAUGCAAAAAUAUGUUGAUGGUUUUGCGGUCCAUUGGUACUAUGAUCAAAUAUCUCCAGCUCGGAUAUUAAAUAAUACACAUGAGAAAUACCCCUCAAAAUUUAUUAUAUCAACAGAAGCCAGCAUUGGUGACAUGCCUUGGUUUAUCCAAAAAGUGAGACUAGGUGACUGGUCAAAUGGUGAAGAAUACAUGGCAAACAUAAUAGAGGAUUUCACACACUGGGUUACUGGAUGGUAUGACUGGAAUCUGGCAUUAAACCAGGAAGGUGGCCCUAACUGGGUAGAUAACUAUGUUGAUGCUUCAGUUAUUGUGAAUGCGAAAAAUGAUGAAUUUUAUAAGCAGCCAUUAUUUUAUGCUAUUGGCCACUUUUCCAAGUUUAUUCCUGAAGAUUCAGUAAGGAUUAAUAUUGUUCCAAACAAUGAAAAUGGAAUUGAAACUGUGGCAUUCACAACUCCAUAUAAUGCAACAGCUAUCAUUUUGUUCAAUAAGGAGCUUCUUGUGGCCCUCUGCUCAUUAAGCAGUGUUACACAAGAUGAUGCUUGA